AUACAUAUUUAGUUCUAGUUUUAAAGAAAGAAGUUUUAAAUAUUUUAUCCUUAAUUAGUAAUCUGGGGGAAAUUCCAGCUUUCUUUGUUUACUUGAUCUAGGUCAUUAUCUUCAAAUGAAUACUCAACUCUUUUCAGUUGACCUGUAGUCAUUUUGCUUUUAUCUUCCUCAUUAUCAUCUGACUUUGAAUUUUCUAACUCUUCUCCUUCCAUCUUAUUUACUUCUUCAUAGUUUUCUUCUUCAAAUUUGCUAUCCUCAAGUUCUUCGUUAUACUCAUUUUCUUCCUCUAUUAUCUCUACUAUCCCUUUAUUAUUACUUAAAGCCAAUUCUAAAGCCUCAUCUUAUGCUGUUUCUAUGAGAAAAUCCAUGUUUAUAUCCUCUAUAAACGAAUUUUGUUUAUAGAGGGGUACGUGCGACAUUUUGUAUAAUAAAGAUUGGGAAAAAUUGGAAAUCACUCAUAAAGAGUUAAACCCGCCGUUUGAGUUGAAUUUUGACGACGUUACUUGCAAAAAGUUAAAGUUUUUCUCUCUCCACUUCGUCGUCGUCGUCAAUUGGGGAUGUUAUAACCCUAAUUCAUUAAUGAAUUGGUUGUCUGAGAAGGUUGUCUCGAAUUGAUGAAUUGGUUGUCUAAGAAGGUUGCCCGGUGAUUUUGCAAUGAUAAUCGGUAUAAAAUCCGCGUGUAACAGCUGUAUUGUGAAGAUUGAGCUUCGAUAAUGGAGGUGCAGAAUGUAAUUCAAGGACGUGUCGCUUAAUCAAUUUUAAAGGAGGGUGAAGAACAUCUGUGGGAAAUGCAAACUACGGAUAGUAGAAAAAUCUGAAAAGAAAGUCAAGGGUAUGCGUUGGUGAUUGUGUACAUAAGGAUGACACGUUGUCUCCUGGGGGUAAGCUUAAAGAAAAGGGUGAAGUACUUAGGGCAAUGGAAGAAGCCAGAUCCCGGGUGAGUAAUUCCAUUGUCCUCCAUUUUUUAAUACUUGAAUAUAUGUGAAUAACUUGUGUGUUAAUUGAUAUCUUAUUAGUUCCUUUGUUUUUGGGACGCAACCACCAAAUACUGUAUGUCGGAUUGAGACUUUUGGAAGGAUAUGCCAGACAUUUGAUGAGCGUAGAACACGUUGGGUGUAUGAAAUGGGAUUCGGGGGGCUUCUGCACUUUGUAGCAGACAUGCAUCUUCCUAGGCAUAUAGCAUACUGGCUAAUGACACGUAUAAAUCCUUUUAAUUACACUCGUAGGGCUGCUGAUGGGAGAGUGUUUUCCUUGUCUAAAAAUCAAGUUCACUAGAUUCUGGGUAUACCAAAUAGUGGUACGGCUGUCCCUACCUAUAAGUCACUGAAUGAAGAAAUGCUGGGGCAGGUUAAUAAGAUUAUGUCAAAAUAUGGGAAAUCCUGGGAUACUAAGUCUAAGAAGAUUGGUCGAAAAUGUAUCAGUGAGGGCAUUCCAGUGAAUUCCAAACUUAUGGAAAGAGUUGAGGGUCUUUGGGAGGAAACUGAAUCUGUUGAGUUUAAGACCUUAUUCCUCCUGCUGUCACUUGAGGUGCUGCUCUGUCCCACACAGUCAUCCCGAUUGGCGGCUGACCUUGUUCCGUCACUAAUUUGUGCCUCUAAUGCCGCGGAUUUUGACUGGUGUAGUCUUGUUCUUAAAAAUCUUAUGGAUAAUGUUCGUACUUUUGGUAGGCGGUUCUAUUCAAGUGGUUAUGCUAGUGGAUGCGGGGGCUGUCUUAUAUUUGUUGUGGUUAUGUAUUUGGACCGGCUAGAUAGGCUACCCGUGGAUUGGGGAGUUUUUCCUAGGAUAGAGGCUUGGAACAUGGUGGAGAUUCGAAAGGCUAUCAAGGAAGACUAGUUCCCAGAUGGCGGCAAUUUUGGUGUCCUUGGUUUAUGUAUUGAUACCCUUGAUUGUGCAUUUAAUUUUUGAUAUUUUUUUAGUGUAUGUAUGAAUGUGUAGUACCGUUGCAGACUUUGGAUGUUGCUUAUGGUGAAAGCCAUCCUCGGUUGGCUAGGGAUACCGAUGGGCCCAUCGAUGGUUUUUGUGCGAAGUCCUUCAGACAUGGUUCAGUAUUUUCGUCUACAAAGCCCACACCGAGGUGAUAUCCCACGAUUAAUAACCUACGUCAGUACCGUCAUAAGGAUCCAAUUGAGGCAGUUGAUGAUGACCAAAAGGAUGGUUUGAUGUUGGUCCUUGUAGUUCAGCUUCAGGGCUUCCACUGUUGUUUGAAUGUUGUUGAAAUAGAAGAUUUAUGGUUUAAAGUCGAACAGAUAAAGAGGUGGUUUUCUGAUGAUGCUUUGCAAGUUGUGAGGAAGAUUUGCUCUUUUUUGUUCAGGUCAAUUUCCGAGGAUAAAGUAUGCAUGAUAGGGAAGCAGCUCUGUAACAAUUUUUCCUUCUCGGCGAUUGUUGUUUCAUUUGUGGGAGUUGUUCAUACUGAUGUGUCAUGUGUACAUGUUGUUGAUGCGUUCUUUAACAAUAACAGAUGCUACCUGCUUGUGUUGGUCUCUUCUGAGCUUUGUGAUGUGGACAUGAAGAGUUGUAGUGCCCUUGUUACGCGUGUAUCUUUCAUUUUUAAAUGUGCCUCUUCUUCAAAUCAGUUGAACGUAGUUGUUUCAAAUUCGCUGUCUGAUUUGUUCACUAUGUAUAAUAAACGAGUUGUGAAUUUGGAUGCACUGUUGACUGAAAUUGACGGCCUGACGCAAACAUCAUCCCGAAAUGUUCUGAUUGUUUGUAAUUGCGACAAAAUGUGACUAAUUUGUUAGAAUAUGUGUAAUGUAAUGUAACUUAUUUUUUCAAGGUAGGAUUAAUGUGUUUUGUGUUUAAUUUAUUGUUUAUUUUAGCUACAUUUUUUAAUUAUUAUCAAUUCUCCCUGAUAUGCAGUUUAUCAUGAUUAUUAA